AUGUCUCUCGGCAGCAACCUCGUCUUUGGCUUCCACAUCUCCAUCCCCCUCCACGCAGCUUUCCGCUCCUCCUCGAUGAUGCUCAACGCGCUCGCCGUGUACUUCUUCGGCAAGUGCUUCACGGCGCCGCAGAUGGCAUCCGGCUUGGUCAUCUGCAUCGACCUUAUCACACUGCCAGUGGAGAAGGCGUUCAGGAAGAGCAGCACAAAAGCCGAGCUAACAUCUAGCACCGCAGCCACUGCGUCGUCGCUGGCGUGGCACUGGGGCUGUGGAGUGGCCAUUCUGGUGACCACCCCACAGCGUGCACGAUGGGGUAGUGUCUUUCAGGAACCUAUGUACCACUGCGCCCGUGCGAGCGCGGCCGCAAUGACCGUAGCGCCAGCGAAGGAUAAUGCUUCACCAAUGUGGACAGAGGCACCUUGUUUGUCUCAUCUCUUCGUCAUCCCGCUCCUCUUUGUGCAGCCGAUGCGCCUCUACGCCGAGUUUGUGCUCAUGGAGGCAGGCAGUCAGUUGCGCGUGGCGCUGGGCUGCGUGACUCAAGCCAUGUGCAUCGCCGCCUUUCACGUGGUGAAUGACAAGAUCUCUGCCUGUCCUCUGAACCUGAAGCUGACGUUACGCAAACUUGCCGGCUUUGUACUUUCGAUCGUCUACGUUGUCCACUACCGGCACCUCUCGACCGUGGAGUGGGUCUCCAGGGUUGAUGUUCUCAUGGAGGGUACGGCGUAUUCCUUUCUACCGAAGGCGCACCACCACGCAUCGUAUACCGUGAACGCGAGCGCAGCACCCGAGGCAUGGGCGAAGAAGAGCAGGUAG